GUGAGGUAAACUUUGCUAACCAAUCAAACAAGAGAUACAGUUUUCCCGCCAAAUUUCUCUUUCUCUUGAUAAAUGUGUUACACCAUUUGCCCUUCGCUUUGGAAAGCUCCACCCCAUGUGUGUGUUUGUGCCUGAAGCAUCCUGCUGCGCUAUUGGUCUCUGGUCCAUAGAAUUGGCUACUUUCAGGGAAGACAGGGGUCGAAAUUUCAUAUAAAAUCUUCGUACAACUUAAGCUGUGAAACUAGAUCUUGCCCAGUUAAUUCAGAAUGCCACCCAAGGUUAGCGGUAAAGCAGCAAAGAAAGCGGGCAAGGCCCAGAAGAACAUUGCUAAGGGAGACAAAAAGAAGAAGCGCAAGAGGAAGGAGAGCUAUGCCAUCUACAUCUACAAAGUGUUGAAGCAGGUCCAUCCUGACACUGGCAUCUCUUCCAAAGCCAUGACGAUCAUGAACAGCUUCGUCAACGACAUUUUUGAGCGCAUUGCUGGAGAAUCCUCUCGUCUUGCUCACUACAACAAGAGAUCUACCAUCACGAGCCGCGAAAUCCAAACGGCUGUCCGUCUGCUUCUGCCUGGUGAAUUGGCCAAACACGCUGUUUCAGAAGGCACAAAGGCAGUUACCAAGUACACCAGCACCAAGUAGAUUGAUUCUCUUGUUCUUUGUUUCAACUCAAACGGCCCUUUUCAGGGCCACCAAUCAGUUAAAGAACCAGGAAUUGUCUACUCGUGUCGAACGAAAAUAAGUAGAUAAAUUUAACUCCCAUAUUUCAUAGCAAAAAUGCAGGUAGAGUUAUAUUUUAUCUAUAAUCUUGACGCCAGAACGAGAAUUCGAAUUAUUUAUUUCAUAUAACAAUGUACAUUAAUUCUAAAGAAACUUUUAUCCUUAUAUUUCGCAACGUUUCGUUUAUAACUUAAAAAAUUGUUGUUUAAAUAAUUUCUAUGCAUCGCCUAGUAAACACCGAAUUUUAUAAAACAGCAACUUCAUUUGAUAGUCUUCGAGGCUAUUGCAGAGAUUCCAGUUUUGCACACAAAAUUUAAAAAAUAAGGCUUUACUGUGGACAAUCGCAUACUUCCGUUAUGUACAAUUUUAUCUGUUGUAAAUACAGGAAAUUUUACAAUAGUGCUAUACUUUUUUAACGUAUAUUAUAAGUUAAUAUCUAAACGUUAUAAUUACAAUCAAUAAUUUAAAAUAGCUUCAAAUGUUUUAGGUGGAUACAAUUUACUUUACUUCUGGUAAACUAAACAGGCAUAAUCAGCUAGAAAA